AUGGCUUGUCCGCCGUCCUUCGAGCCAUAUGUGCUGACGGAGCUUGAUCACACUCUUCCGCCUGUUCAUGUGUCUGGCUUCCUCACGUUUCGUCUCAAGGAACCAAUUGAUGCAAUACCUGUUCUUGAGGCAGCUGUUGCACGGCUCGUCCACCUUUUACCGUUUUUAGGUGGGAAUGUGGCUUCAUCAACUAGGAUACCGGGCAAGAAAAAUGUCCUAGAAGUUCAACCCCCAUCAGAAUCCUUCUGGUCUCAACAUCCCAUGCUCGUCAUCAAGAGGCACGAUCUUUCAAUAGACCCUGGAUUCUCGUCAUCUGUGGUCUCCUCUGAUGAUAUUUCCAACGAAACCUUUCUCCCAAUUGGGUACGAAUUCACUGGAGUCGAUCCUGUCUGGCGGUUCCAGGCAAAUGUGAUGCUUGACGGGGUCAUUGUAUCCUUCUCUCUCAAUCAUCAAGCGCUUGAUGGUGUUGGAGCAAUGUGCGUCAUCGAUGCCUUUGCAAAGUGCUGUCAGAACCCAAACAGCGAUGCUGCCUCGCUACCAACAAGCCCUGAAAAACAAAGCAAAUUCCGGAAAGCCAUAUCUGGUCUUGCCAAUGCCUCUCAAUUGACCGGCGCACUAGAUCACAGCAGUCCGACCGAAGUUGCAAGUCACUCGGUCGAUAUCGACGAACUCAAUCAAAAUGCCCACAACCCCCUUCGGAAAUCAUGUGCUGAGCAAGCUCAGCCCAGUGACCAAGGAGCACCUGUGUCUGGGAAUACAAUUGUUACUGCUAUCUUGUGGAUAUGCUUGAUCAGAGCUCAAUUCGGACCAGAUGCUGCAGGCGCCCCGCCACCAGACCUGUCUUCUGCCGCAAUGGUGUCUAAUCUUCGCUCUAAGAUCCGCCCAAACCUGCCUAUGACGUAUUUGGGAAAUACGGUAGGGCAUGCUUGGUCAAGUUUUUCAGUCGAGCAAGUCCUAUCUUCGAUCUCUCAUCUCAACUAUGACUCCCGCGCAGCGGCCUACAUGGAUCCUCAAUAUAUGAAAGUUGUUGCAGCUGCUGCAAAUAGGCUUCAAGAUGCAGUUCGAAGCAUUUCAGAGCGUUCCGUUCGAGAUCUCGUAUCCGAGAAGAACGCGGCUGACGACUGGGCAGCUCAGCCUACCAUCGCUGAUCUCCAUGUGAGCUCAUUGCGUCAGUUCAACUUAUAUGCACUUGACUUCGGAUCUUUACUGGGGAGAACGAGCGAUUUUGAUAUGCCAGAAAGUCGAUUUGCUGGGUUGGCCUGGAUCCUGCCAUCGCGUGGCAACCCUCAGUUCGCCCCAUGGGAGGUGAGGUUGACACUACAGCCGGCGGCUAUGGAGAGAAUUCAAAAGGAUCCAUUACUGAGGUGGCUCUCAUCGGAUGGGAUGUCAAAGCUAUAA